UCAAUGGUCUGACCGGCGAGCAGAUGGAUCUGCGCGAGACUGUCAGGAAGUUUGCGGAGCGGGAGUUGACUGACGAGACGGUACGGGCGAUGGACAGGGAGUCUCAUUGGCCUCACUUCAGACAAUUUUGGUCUAAAUUGGGUUCAAUGAGUUUACUAGGAGUGACGGGUGAGUCCCGGUUCGGUGGCCUCGGAUUGGGAUACUUCGAGCACUCGCUUGUGGUGAAGGAGAUCGCCCGGCGCUGUCCGGCCAUCGCCGUGUCCUACGGAGCUCACAGUAAUCCUUGUGUUAAUCAGUUGGCGCUCAACGCCACUGAAGAUCAGAAGCGGAAAUAUCUGCCAGAACUGAUUGACGGCUCGCAUGUCGGCGCUAUGGCUAUCAGUGAAGUGCACAGCGGUUCAGAUCCGAUGUCUAUGAAGACUGUCGCCCGAAGACAUAAAGACUAUUACGUGUUGAACCGAUCCAAGUUCUGGAUCACCAACGCCUCGGAGGCGGACGUAGUGUUUGUCUACGCGAAGACCAGCGACACAGGAAUCACACCAUUCAUUGUGGAGAAGGGAAUGGAGGGCUUCCGUGUUCCCGUCGCCAAUAUGGUGGGACAGGUAGACGAGGGGGUGUACGUCCUCAUGAGUGGCUUCGACUACGAGCGCCUGGUGCUG